GUCGCGCAGGCCGCCGCGACAUUCUUCGAUGGCAAGGCCGCCACGCACCCAUCCGGCGCGAGACCCACCAGCGCCUUCUGGGGCGACACCAACGGCAACGACACCUCUGACUUUGAGGGCCGCCCAGCUUUCAAGAAGAUGAAGGCCGAGCACGCGAGCUUGGCUGAGACGCGGGGGGCCCAGGGCAAGUGCGGAUGUGCGCACGUGCGCGAGGAGGUCCACGAGGCAGGCUUGGCGACAUUCGGCAUCAGCGGCGAUCGCGCGAUGGCUCAGGAGUCGGCCAAAGCGGCCAUGGAGGCGGAGGACAGGCUCCUCUUCGCAGAGUGGUUGGCCGCCCUCCAGAAGGGUAAGUCGGUCGUCCGGCGGCGCGCCAAACUUAUUUCUUUUGGCGCCGCGGACGCGGAGGUCCAGAACCCAGGUCUGAAGCAAUUCGGCGAGUUUGCGCGCGGUCGUCUCACGGAAGAUGGCACGAUCUCCGACGGAG